CAGGCCGACCGGCAAUGGGCGCCAUUUUGAAACCCCAAAACCUCCAGCGGCUGCAGCUGUGUGCGGCGGCGGCGGCGGCUCUGACCCGGUCCCGGCCGGCGCCUCCCCCUCGUGGGCCCCGCAGCCCCCCGCCCCACACACACUGCGCGACAUGGCAGGGGUGGCAGGAGGUGGCGGAGGAGGAGGUGGUAACGACUUCCAGUGGUGCUUCUCCCAGGUGAAGGGGGCUAUCGACGAGGACGUGGCGGAAGCUGAUAUUAUUUCAACAGUUGAAUUUAAUUACUCUGGAGAUCUUCUUGCAACAGGAGACAAGGGAGGCAGAGUGGUUAUAUUUCAAAGGGAACAAGAGAAUAAAAGCCGUCCUCAUUCUCGGGGAGAAUAUAACGUUUACAGUACCUUUCAGAGUCAUGAACCUGAGUUUGACUACUUGAAGAGUCUAGAAAUUGAGGAAAAAAUUAAUAAAAUUAGGUGGUUACCACAACAGAAUGCUGCUCAUUUCCUGCUGUCUACAAAUGAUAAAACUAUUAAAUUAUGGAAAAUAAGUGAAAGGGAUAAAAGAGCUGAAGGUUAUAACUUGAAAGAUGAAGAUGGACGACUUCGGGAUCCAUUUAGAAUCACCUCACUACGAGUGCCAAUAUUGAAACCCAUGGACCUAAUGGUAGAAGCAAGUCCCCGAAGGAUAUUUGCAAAUGCACACACGUAUCACAUAAACUCUAUUUCAGUAAAUAGUGAUCAUGAAACAUACCUUUCUGCGGAUGACCUAAGAAUUAACCUAUGGCAUUUAGAAAUCACAGAUAGAAGUUUUAACAUUGUAGAUAUUAAGCCUGCUAAUAUGGAGGAACUAACAGAAGUGAUUACUGCCGCAGAGUUUCACCCACAUCAUUGUAAUGUGUUUGUCUACAGUAGUAGCAAAGGAACUAUACGACUCUGUGAUAUGCGUUCUUCAGCCCUCUGUGAUAGGCAUUCAAAAUUUUUUGAAGAGCCUGAAGAUCCUAGCAGCAGAUCAUUCUUUUCAGAAAUUAUUUCUUCAAUAUCUGAUGUAAAAUUCAGUCACAGUGGUCGAUACAUGAUGACAAGAGACUACCUUUCAGUUAAAGUGUGGGAUCUCAAUAUGGAAAACAGGCCUGUAGAGACAUAUCAGGUUCAUGAAUAUCUUCGAAGCAAGCUUUGUUCUCUGUAUGAAAAUGACUGCAUCUUUGACAAGUUUGAGUGCUGCUGGAAUGGUUCUGAUAGUGCUAUCAUGACUGGCUCCUACAACAAUUUCUUUAGGAUGUUUGACCGUAACACACGACGGGAUAUUACAUUAGAAGCAUCAAGAGAAAGUAGCAAACCUCGUGCCAUCUUAAAGCCACGCAAAGUGUGUACAGGUGGUAAGAGAAAGAAAGAUGAGAUAAGUGUUGACAGUCUGGACUUCAACAAGAAGAUCCUUCAUACAGCAUGGCACCCCACAGAGAACAUCAUUGCUGUAGCUGCCACCAAUAACUUGUAUAUAUUCCAGGACAAAAUUAACUAAAGAUGGCUUAUUUGAGGACAAAGUCGUCUUCUUGCAUAGUUAAGCUCAGUUGUUUCUGUAAAAGAGAAGGCCUUGUUGUCCUACCAGUAAAGAACAUUGAUGCACUUACUUCCCUUUAUAGAUAAAGGAGAGAAGCUUGCCUGGUUUUGAGUUCAUGGUGUAGUUCUGCCUUCGGUGAGGGGGGAUGUGAGUUGCAAUUUUCAACAAGAAAAAACCCACAAGAAGCAGAAUUGAUGGACAGUGCUCAAUAAAGGCCAAUACUCAAAUGUAUUUAUUUAAGUCUGAGCCUUCCUUUCCAGUUUAUAGACCAAAAAUUUAACACCCAAGAAGAAAACUUGUCAUAAAAAUGUAAUUUCUGUCUCUGCGCUCUUUCUCUGCUGUAAUAUUUGGGCCUUUCAAAACAUAUAUUGUGCUUUAUGCCUGUAAAACAUUCCUCCUCUGGCCUUUUAUCUAGGCUUAGGUGUUUUUAUCUCUAAGCACUUAGGUAGGUCUUGAGUUGGGUUUGUAGGCAGAUUUCCAUGUAUAUUUACUCACCAACUGUAUCGAUAACCACACCUUCUGGUGUAAACCACUUAAUAAAAAUAACAAACUAUAAAAAGUGUUUUUAAAUCUGAAA